CGUCGCGCAGACCCUGCCAGAGCCGCUGCCGCUAUGGAUGAUCGGGAGGAUCUGGUGUACCAGGCGAAGCUGGCCGAGCAGGCUGAGCGAUACGACGAAAUGGUGGAAUCAAUGAAGAAAGUAGCAGGGAUGGAUGUGGAGUUGACAGUUGAAGAAAGAAACCUCCUAUCUGUUGCAUAUAAAGAUGUGAUUGGAGCUAGAAGAGCUUCCUGGAGAAUAAUCAGCAGCAUUGAACAGAAAGAAGAAAACAAGGGAGGAGAAGACAAACUAAAAAUGAUUCGGGAAUAUCGGCAAAUGGUUGAGACUGAGCUAAAGUUAAUCUGUUGUGACAUUUUGGAUGUACUGGACAAACACCUCAUUCCAGCAGCUAACACUGGCGAGUCCAAGGUUUUCUAUUAUAAAAUGAAAGGGGACUACCACAGGUAUCUGGCUGAAUUUGCCACAGGAAAUGACAGGAAGGAAGCUGCGGAGAACAGCCUAGUGGCUUAUAAAGGUGCUAGUGAUAUUGCAAUGACAGAACUUCCACCAACACAUCCCAUUCGCUUAGGUCUUGCUCUCAAUUUCUCCGUAUUCUACUAUGAAAUUCUUAAUUCCCCUGACCGUGCCUGCAGGUUGGCAAAAGCAGCUUUUGAUGAUGCAAUUGCAGAACUGGAUACGCUGAGUGAAGAAAGCUAUAAGGACUCUACGCUUAUCAUGCAGUUGUUACGUGAUAAUCUGACACUAUGGACUUCAGACAUGCAGGGUGAUGGUGAAGAGCAGAAUAGAGAAGCGCUGCAGGAUGUGGAAGAUGAAAAUCAGUGAGACAUAAAAGCCAACAAGAGAAACCAUCUCUGACCACCCCACACCUUCCCAUCCCACCCCUCUUGGAAAUUCCCCCAUUGUCACUGAGAACCACCAAAUCUUUUACAUUUGGUCUCAGAAUUUAGGUUCCUGCCCUGUU